GUGGACGUGAACCUUCCUCCUGUUUGUCUUUUUUUCCCUACAUACCUACCUGUCUAGUUGGUAGGGAGUAUAUUCCCAGAGACGAAGGACCUGGAGGAUUUUGGAUUUUCUAUUCCCGUAGAAAGAACAACUUUGCAGAUCGUUUCGUUUCGUUUCGUGCCGCUUAACACUGGGUUGGGCAUUUUUCGUUAGGGGCGUGUCAUAGCGGAUACCUCUUCGCCUAGGCCUCCUCUUUAACCCUCCUACAACCGACCAGAUCACACAAAUUGCAACCAUGAAAUCCGUCCUUCGAUGCGAAUGAAGUUUCGCUAGAAGCAUGCCAGAUCAUUUAUUCCUUCAAACGCAUCCCGAGCCUCCAUUUUGGCCUCAACAGCAAAGAUGGCUCCCAUAACAUGGCAGCCGGGCGCCAACCUCGCCGAAAUUAUCACCACCCAUAGCCAUGGCGCCCUCUUCGAAAAACGCGACUCAACCCCGAGUUAUAUGGAUAACCCAGAAAUUAUAGCCAUAAUGUCGAUAUCCCUCUCCAUGGCCUCAAUCAGUGUGCUUGCUGCUUUGUGUGCCUUUUACUGGUUCGUCCGAAUGAGGAGAAGCUUCCGCCACGACUUGAUAAUGCUCUUAAUUCAAAGCGAUAUGAUGAAAGCAUUAUGGCUUGUAAUCUGCCCCCUUGCUUUCUUCGCUAGAGUGCCCAUCGAUUCGAACUCGACCUUCUGCCAAGUUUCUGGCUUUCUCCUAACCGUUAGCAUCGAGGCGUCGGAUAUAGCUGUUCUCCUAAUUGCAGUACAUACGGCCUUAUUCAUACUCAGGCCUCAGGGUUCACAUGGUCCGGCCGGGCUUUAUCCAUACAGACGCAUAGCAUAUACCUGCUGGGCCAUCAUCCCUCUCGUCCUGGCCGCAGUCGUACCGAUUACCGGCGGGCAAUUCGCAGACAACGGCCCCCAUUGCUAUCUACCCCUCCGCCCGACUUGGUAUCUCAGUGCUCUGAGCUGGAUCCCACGAUAUGUCAUCUCGGCCUUCAUAAUCGUCGUAUACACGGUCCUCUACCUCUACGUCGCCUGCCGAUUCCGCAGCUUCACCAGAGACCAGAGGCGAGCCAGCACGGCCCACAGCGAUCAUCCGGAGCAGAACCGCAAGCAUCACAACCACCGCCACGACCACAGUGGGGACGUCCCACCCACACCGCCUAUUGCGGACUACGGUUUCCUAGAUUCCGCUCGGGACAGCCUGGCAAACGAUGGGGAACAGAAGGAUCGCCAACACUCUGUCGACUCGACCAUCAGCACGCUGGAUUUUGGAGGGGGAGGAGCCUCCACCCCUCUUCCGCGGAGACCUGACCAGGUAAUGAGGCACUCGAUUCGAUGGAACACAGUGAACUUCUCCAACGACGGGCCAACGGACUCUCAACAGCAACAGCAGCAGCAACAGACGAGACAAAGAAGCCAGUCAGGCCUAAUAAGUCCGGCCUCGCCGUCAGUCGAAGAAGCAAGCCCAAUCCAGACCCCCGAACCCGCCAUCCACAGCCCACGCUCGUCACAGCAAUCCUCACGUACGCCCUUCAUAUGGCAACGAUCCAAAUCCCCCGAAACACCCUCCCCCACACCCCCGCCCUCGCACUCCCACACCCACAGCCUAACAAGCUCCAUCCACUCCGUGUCAAACAUAAUCUGCGCCCUCCGCCGUGGUCCCCCGCGUCCACGCUCCUCAACGCAAAGCACCGCAAACACCACCAGCACAUCCACGCCCCUCUUCCUCUCCCCCACCGAAACCGAAGCCGCCAUGCGUCGCUCGCGAGAAAAACAACAACGCCACCUGCGUCUCCUCUUCGUCUACCCGGCGAUCUACAUGGUGACCUGGAUCGCGCCCUUCGUCUCGCACGUCCUGCAAUACGACGACGACUACGCAGACCUAAACGUAUCCCGGGGAACCGGCCGCGCGGCUCUGCAAAUCGUCAGCGUAACGAGUCUGUGUAUCGGAGCCGCGGUGGACUGCUGUUUCUUCAGCGCGUGGGAGAAGCCCUGGCAGCACUUACGGGGCGGGUUUUGGGAGAACCUAGCUUUGCGGCUGAGACUCCGGAGACCGGCGGGAGGAGGGAGGAGGGGCGGUGCGGGAAGGACUCGGGAAGAGCGGUUUGUGGAUGCGCGGGCGGCGCGGAGUAGGCGGGAGCAGGAGGAGAAUCUGGAGAAUCUGAGUAGUGGGGCUGCUGUUGCGAGGAGGGCUUCAGGGAAUGGGACGCAGCUUGGGUCGCCGCCGCGGGAGUGGUGGGAUGUGCUUGAUAGCGGGUCCGUGGAGCAGUUGGAUGUGCGGAGGGGGGCGGUGACGGGGUGAGGUUGGGGGAAGGGGAAGGGAGAGAGCGGGAUAUCGGCUCGGUAUAUAUAGCAUUUACGCAUGACAUGACAUGACAUGAGAUUACAUGAGACAGACGACACACGAGCAUCAGACACUAGGUACCGGCAUCGGGGGUUUCGAGGGAAAACGAAAC